UUUCUUUUUUCUUCUCUAUGAUUUCAAUUCAUUACACGCUUCGCUUUUUUUGCAGCUCGCAGAGUAGCUCUAAACGAUUCGUUUUGGCUCUGAACUGUUUUGCGAGCUUCAUUGGGAGGAGUUUGUGGAUUUGAUAGAAGGUUGUGUGAUAGAGUGAAGCUUGGAUAUUUAAGAAGAGAUAGAAGAAAUACGAUCAGGGGUUGACACGCAAUCUGUCUGUUACGUAGAGUUCAUGAGCUAUUUGAGAAUAUUUAAAGUACCAGUUAGGUUUGGCUCUGGAGAGCUACUUAGAUUCCAACCAAGGGGGGAUGCCCCCCAUGACACCUUCUCGGGUGGCAGGAGGGUUAACCCAAUCAUCUUCACAUUCUGGAAUUUUCUUUCAAGGAGAUGGGCAGUCACAGAAUGUAGUUAACUCUCACUUAAGCUCAUCUUUUGUUAACUCGUCUAGCACGGUUCCAGGAGCCAGUCGUUCAAACCUGGGUCCGGUUUCUGGGGGUAUGAAUAAUGCAGUUUUGAACAGUGUGCCAAACUCAGCACCAAGUGUUGGAGCCAGUUCUUUAGUCACGGAUGCAAAUUCUGCUCUCUCUGGUGGCCCCCAUUUGCAGAGAAGUGCCAGUGUUAACACAGACUCUUACUUACGAUUACCUGCCUCUCCUAUGUCAUUUACAUCGAAUAAUAUAAGUAUUUCUGGCUCAUCGGUGAUGGAUGGUUCCUCUGUGGUACAACAGAGCUCUCACCAAGAUCAGAAUGUUCAACAAUUGCAGCAGAAUCAGCAGCAGCCGCAGGGUGCUUCAAGUGCUACAUCGCAGACUGGUCUGUCUCCCCUCCAAAUGGGUGCACAAGUCCCAGGAUCUUUCAUUCAAGAUCCAAAUAAUAUGUCUCAUCUGUCAAAGAAACCUAGAAUGGAUAUCAAACAGGAAGAUGUAAUGCAGCAGCAGGUUAUACAACAGAUUCUUCAGAGACAAGAUUCCAUGCAAUUCCAGGGUCGUAAUCCCCAGUUACAGGCUUUGCUUCAGCAGCAGCAGAGACUGAGACAACAGCAAAUCUUUCAGUCAAUGCCACAAUUACAGCGAGCCCACUUGCAACAGCAGCAGCAACAGCAACAACAACAACAGCAUCAACAACAACAAAUGCAAUUGAGGCAGCAAUUACAGCAACAAGCGAUGCAGCCCUCUUCUGCUGGCAAGCGUCCAUAUGACAGUGGUGUUAGUGGGGUAUGUGCCCGUCGAUUGAUGCAGUAUCUCUAUCAUCAAAGGCAAAGGCCAAAUGAUAAUAGUAUUGCCUAUUGGAGAAAAUUUGUUGCUGAAUAUUACUCUCCUCGUGCAAAGAAACGGUGGUGCUUGUCAUUAUAUAGCAAUGUUGGGCAUCAUGCACUUGGUGUUUUCCCCCAAGCAGCUAUGGAUGCAUGGCAGUGUGACAUGUGUGGUUCUAAAUCUGGAAGGGGAUUUGAGGCAACUUAUGAAGUGUUACCUAGGCUUAAUGAAAUCAAAUUUGGAAGUGGAGUGAUUGAUGAACUUUUGUUUCUGGACUUGCCUCGUGAAACAAGAUUUCCUUCUGGUGUGAUGAUGUUGGAAUAUGCAAAAGCAAUUCAAGAGAGUGUAUAUGAGCAGCUUCGUGUUGUUCGUGAAGGUCAACUUCGCAUCAUAUUCACUCAAGACUUGAAGAUCUUAUCUUGGGAGUUCUGUGCAAGACGCCACGAAGAACUUCUUCCUCGAAGGUUGGUUGCACCACAGGUCAACCAAUUAGUUCAGGUAGCUCAAAAAUGCCAGAGUACAAUUGCUGAAAGUGGGGCUGAUGGGGUUUCUCAGCAAGACUUACAAACAAACAGCAACAUGGUAUUGACAGCAGGGCGCCAGCUUGCAAAGAUUUUGGAGUUGCAAUCACUGAAUGAUUUGGGCUUUUCUAAAAGAUACGUGAGAUGUUUGCAGAUUUCGGAGGUUGUCAAUAGCAUGAAAGACCUAAUAGAUAUCUGUGCAGAGCACAAAAUUGGUGCAAUUGAGAGUCUGAAAAAUUAUCCUCGACUAGCAACAGCCUCAAAGGGCCAGAUGCAAAAGAUGCAGGAAAUGGAACAGCUGGCAAAUGUUCAAGGUCUGCCAACUGAUCGAAACACACUCAACAAGCUAAUGACACUGAAUCCUGGAUUGAACAACCAUAUAAACAACACUAAUAAUAUGGUUGGUCGUGGUGCUUUGAGUGGGUCAGCCCAAGCUGCUUUAGCACUGAACAACUACCAAAAUCUUCUCAUGAGGCAAAAUUCAAUGAACUCUAGCCCUGGCUCACUUCAGCGCGAAGGGUCCUCUUUCAAUAAUUCAAACCCGAGUCCCUCUUCUGCUUUGCAAGGAACUGGUCCUGCUUUAAUUCCAGGCUCAAUGCAGAACUCGCCUGUAGGUGGUUUCCCAAGUCCCCAUCUAACCCCACAGCAGCAGCAACAACAACUCCUUCAACAGCGCACAUUAAGUGCAAAUGGUUUACUUCAACAAAAUCAUUCACAGGGGUCCCAAGGAAAUCAAGCUCUACAGCAGCAGCAGAUGAUCCAGCAAUUGCUGCAGGAAAUGUCAAAUAACAAUGGGGGACUGCAAUCACAGUCUCUUGGUGGACAUAAUGCAAAUGGGAAUAUUUCAAAGAACACAAUGGGUUUUGGGGGCCAUACUCCAUCUUUAAGCGGAGGUUCUGCCAAUGUUCCAGGAAACAAUAGACCCAUUUCAAGGAAUAAUAGCUUCAAAACAGCUUCAAAUAGUGAUUCUUCUGCGGCCGGUGGCAACAAUGGAUUCAACCAGAGAACAUCUGAUAUGCAACAAAAUCUACAUUUGCAAGACGUGGCUCAGGAUAUUGGCAAUGAGUUCUUGGAUAACCCCUUCUUUAACAGCGAUCUUGAUGACAACAUGGGUUUCAGCUGGAAGGCAUGACUAGCACAACUUGGCCAUGUAAUUGGCAUAUCUUGUUGAAGUGUUUAUCUUAUUAUCUUUGUACAGGACACUUUAAAUUUAUGGGUUUUUUUAUUUAUUUUCCUCCUUGGUUUUCCCUGUCAUUUUCUUGAUGGAAUUUGUUUGGACUCGGACUCGAGUAGGUGUUUAGAGAUUUUAUUUGAGGGUUUUUGUCCUGCAAGUGUAACCUAUUGGACAAUUAAAUGAACAAUUAGCUUUCUAUACGGCACUUA